AAACACACCUAAUUAUUAAGUCCUAGCGUGUAAAAACUGCUUAAACAGAUUUCGCCUCCUGCGUGUGGCAACAUUGAACUCUCUCUCUGAACGCCGCUCUGUGGCAUAACACACAAAAAUGUAAGAUCGUCAUUAUAAAAUAUUUUAAUACAAAAUUUAAUUAAACAUAAAGGUUUAUUAUUCCGAAACCUUUACAUGGUGCCGAAAUCCGAAAAUACUUCAGUUUUAUAAUUCCACGGGCUACGCCGGCUACAGCUUUGGGACUACGUGCGCGUUGCGCACACGCCAUCAUGGCGACCGAAGCAAUUAAAAAACUCGUCGCGUCGAGGGCUCAGUGCAAGGCGUCGCUGACCAAACUAGAAAAAUUCAUUCAGCAGGAUAGUCGUGUCUUCACUUCAGAGAACCUGCAGACAAGGAAGGCGUCACUCAUCACAGCGUUUGAAAGGUACCAAGACAUAUGCGUGCAAUUAUCGGUCAUGAGCACGGAGCACGCGAUCGCAGAGGACGCCGAGGACGAAACAGAAGAGCGUUACUAUAACAUCUUGGCCGCCUUCGAAAGCGCAAUUACCACAAUUGAUGGUAAACCGAGAGUGCAUGCGCAUGCAUCAGAGGGUUCUUGGAAAACUGCACACCUGCCAAACCUAGACAUACCUACAUUUGAUGGCCGUGAUAUAUCGGCUUACAAGCCGUUUGUAGAGAUGUUUGAGGCUGUAGUUCACAAUGAUGCGAGACUGUCCGCGGUGCAAAAGUUGUGUUUUUUGAAGAAAUAUCUGAAAGGAGAGCCACUUCACCUCAUUGACACGCUGCCAAUAGUAGGAGCUUCCUACCCAGCGGCUGUGGAGCUUCUAAAAAAGCGCUAUGACAAUGCAGCGCUUAUUGUCAACGGACAUGUGAACACGCUGUUGGACUUACCAUCGCUACAUCGAGGUACUGCGCUGCAGCUGCGAGACAUGGUGGCGAAGGUUCGCCAGCACCUCACCGCGCUACAAAAUCUGGAGCAACCUGUAACAUCAUGGGACAGCCUGCUCUCCUGCAUCCUGCUAAGGAAAUUGGAUUCCUUCACUGUGAGACUCUACCACACGGAGAGGGACAACAGCGAGCAACACACUGCGAAGUUCCCCUCCUUCUGGCUGCAGACAUCUUCUGCAGAGUUAUGCAAGACGGAAAGAUUGAAGCAGGCCCUGAGGAUCCAGUGCUGCUGAACACGCGUUUUGGGUACAUCGUCUCGGGCAGAACAACUGUAAGU